UGACUCCCUCAGCUACAUAACUGACCCCGAUUCCGUCUCAGUCUACGAGGUAAAUUCCGUAUCUGCCUCGACCAGUCAGCUCAUCCAAAAUGACGAUGUCACCGAUAAGAACAAAAGAACUUAUGAUGAAGAGAACUUGUCCAGGAGUACGGCUUCUUCCACGGGGAAUGGAUUAUGGAAGAGGUUUCGAGGCGUGAUUUGCAUUCUUCUCGGUUCCGUUCUGUUUUCAAUGGUUACAUUGUUUGUCAAAAUGUUGGCCGAGAUGGGAGUGGAACCUUAUGAAGCGUCGUUCUGGAGGUACGUGGGGAUUUUGCUGCCCUCGAUCCCAAUCCUUGUAUUCAGAGCUUGUCGUGCAUGUAGAAGGCAAAGGUGUUUAAACUCCGACUAUGAAGAUCUCGACGAUCAAGAAAAAUGUGGAAUUUUCAGCACGCUUUGGCCCCUUGGGAGAAAUGGGAAUUGGAAAAACUGCGUCGGCUUGUUGGUGAGUAUGGAGUAAUUUGGACUAAAUAUUAUUUUACCAUGAUGUUGAGCCUUAUCCUCAAUUUUGCAGUGUCGUGGAUUGAUUGGUUCCACAGCAGUGAUACUUCGCUACUACGCCCUUCAGUACCUCAGCGUUGGGGACAUGCUAGUCAUUGUGUAUGCUUCCCCAAUCCUGGUCGCUUUAAUGGCUCGCAUCUCUCUUGGUGAGGAGUGUGGCGCGGUUCUAGUUAUCGUCACGUUUACAACGUUAGGCGGCCUAGUGCUUGUUGCAAAGCCUCCAAUUUUUAUGGGAGAUUCUUCAUUUGAUGGAGACACUCUGAUUGGAACCAGUUACGCCGCCGCUGCACUAAUUUGCUCUUCCAUCAUUGUAAUUAUUACGAGAAAAAUCCGAAAAUUAGAUUUUUCCAUAAUGUUGAUUGUAUUCGGAGUGAUUGGCGUUGUUCAAGCGGCAGGGUUUGAAUUGGCGUGGGGAACAGGACGCUUCUUCGACAUCCCGAGGGGACUGGAAAAAUCGCUCUUGAUUGGAGGGCUUGCUGCGUGCGCAUUUUUUGGACAGGUGGCAAUCGUCUUAGCCUUGAAGUCUGAAGAAGCAGGUCCUGUGGCGUUGCUGAGAUCUUGCGAAGUGGUUUUUGGUUAUUUUCUCCAGUACAUAUUCCUGAAUGUUGUCCCAGAUGUUCUCAGCGGAGUUGGGGCAACCAUUGUGAUCACUGGAGUUGUGAUUGUUGCAUCGCGAAAAUGGAUCAAAAUGCUUCCACAAGAAAGCAAAAUGAGACGCGUGAUGGGCUGGGUCCUAUAUUAAAAACUGGAAGAAUUGUACUUUUGUGAAUGUCCAAGACAUUUAUGGGAAACCUUAUUUGUUCCAGAUUUAAAAGCAUUAUGGCUCCAAGUCCUAUGUUGAAAUCAUUUUCCUGGUCAUGAAUACCCUGGACAAAGAUUUAUGCUCAAAAUUCUCAAAAUGCAAGACAUUUGUUUUAAUAAUUUAAGCAUUUUGGAGUAUUUUGUAAUUACGUAGUGAUUAAUUAUCAUCAAUUAUGACUACUUAUAGGUAUAUCUAUUUAUUUAUUCAGUUUAGAUUAAUA